CAAAAGGAAACUCAUGCAUCAGAAAAGGUGACUAAUAAACAUACCAAUAAGAAUAUGGCUGCACAAAUACCAGAAUCUGAUCAGAUAAAACAGUUUAAGGAAUUUCUUGGAACAUACAAUAAACUUACAGAAACCUGCUUUUUGGAUUGCCUUAAAGACUUCACAACAAGAGAAGUAAAACCUGAAGAGACCACCUGUUCCGAACAUUGCUUACAGAAAUAUUUAAAAAUGACACAAAGAAUAUCCAUGAGAUUUCAGGAAUAUCAUAUUCAGCAGAAUGAAGCCCUGGCAACCAAAGCAGGACUUCUUGGCCAACCACGAUAGAGAAGUCCUAAUGGAUGGACUUUUGAUGAAAGAUUGCCAGCAGCGAUUGUGAUGGAAAUGAGGAUUCAUCUGAUAGAAUCCCCUGAAAGCAGUAGCCACCAUAUUAAACUGUCUGUCCUAACUUUGGCAAAUGGAAACAAUGGAGAAACAAAAUUGCUAUUUACCGAGAAUAAUCAAAAUAGAAGGUCUUAUUGUUGAAUGAAAAUAUUAAGAUGCAACAUUUGUUGAGGCCUUAAGAUUUAGCAGCUUGGUAAUUUCAUUAGAAAAAUAAACCAUUGUUUCUUCAAUUGUGACUGUUAAUUUUAAAGCAAAAUAUGUGUUCAAUCAUGUAUGAGAUAGAAAGAACUUUUUAUUACUAAAAGUAAAAUAAAUGGA